CAAGAAGAAUCCAGCAGUGUCACAAGAGGCGGAAAAAAAGAAGAGAAAAGGGAGGAGACGUUGCCAAUUCGGUGGUGGGGGCGGCGUCGAGAGAGAGAAAGUAGUAGCCUGGCGUGGGCGUGCCGGUGCGCAGGUGGGGGCGAUGGAGAAGGGCGCGAGCACGCGGCGGCGGCGUCUGGUGGAGAGGGGAUCCGAUCGCCUCGCCUUCAUCACCGGCCAGACGCGCAGCCUCCCCUCCGACCCACUGCCAGAUUCACCACUUGGUACAGUUUAUGCUGCUUCAACUGAGCUGUCUGAAAAGCAGCAGAAUGAAGGUGGCAUUGGUGGUGAGAAGUUCAGCGAUAGAACUCAGUUGCAAAAAUCAGAGCCUAAUGACCUGGUACCUGAAUUUCAACGAGUUGAUACUCGUGAAGAAACCAAGGCCAAAACCUUAAGCUAUGAAGAUGAACUAUUCCUAAAAUUUAAGACAGGCUGUGUAGUUCCUGAAAUUCAGCCAGUAAAUGAAACACCGUUGCAUAGGCAUGAUCAGGAAACCCUUAGCAAGGAAAUAAGUCAUGAUGGAGGAGCAAGUGUCCAGCCCAGGAGAGAGAUGGAAAUGAGAUCCAGAUCUGUGCCUCCAAGUGAGUCAAACCAAGCAGACAAUGCAAGUUUGUCUGUGGAAACUCUGAAGGAACUUCUGAAUUUCACACCGCUUGAGAUUACCCAGGCCAUAUCAGCGACUGAGAGUAACCGUUUUUUAGCAUCAAUCGUCAUUGCUUUUCUGGUUGUUCUUUCAAAUUGGAGACUUGAUAUUGGUGGCACUAUCACCAGAGUAUUAGUUGGUACAAGACCACUUCUGUUCCUUAUUAUAACGAACAUUACCAUCGUCAUCACAUUGUUGAUGGAGAACAAGGACCCCAAUGCGGGGGGUAUGGGUUCUGUUGAUAGCUUAGGGAAGAUGUUGGAGAUCGGGUUGCUGCUACAGAAAGCCCUAGGUGCCCUGCUGAUAGACUGCAGCGUUUGCGCUGUUAUCAUGGUCUGUUUUCUUGGAUUCUAAGAGAGUUUAGAUAGAUGUUCACAGAAACUCUUGUAAAAGUUUUCCGCACUGUUCUGUACUGUUAUGUCAACAAUUGUUCAAUUUGUAACAUCUUUCUUGCUGAGUUUUGAUUUAUGUACUUAAGUUUUCUGCA